AUGAAUAUACAUAAAUUGAUAAAGUCUAACAGAGAAGAGCUAGAAGAGAAGAGUUAGAAGAAAAAAGCUUAACUUUAAAUUGAAUUAUGGAAAAAAAUAAUCAUCGCAAGAAUGAAGAAAAUAAUCAUCGCAAGAAUAUCUCCGGUUCGAGUGAUUUAAUUUUCACAAAUGCUAAUAUUUCCAAUUUCUUAAGAAAUCUAAAUAAAAUGAAUAUCGCCGUGGAAAAAGUUAACAAACAGAAAGUAAGAUCACAUCAGGAUUCUCUCUGGAUGCUUCGGAUGUUAAUAAUAUUUUUCAAGCUCAUCGGUCUUGCUACGUUCAUUCGUCGUAUUGAUACUUCGAAAAAGAGAACAUUAUACAUAUUCCAGUAUUCCGAAUUUGGCAUCAUCUACAAUGGCGUACUAAUCAGCUUAAUGGUCGCUUCGAACUAUCUAUCGAUACCGUAUAGAAUUAAAAUAAAGUACGAGAACAAGUCGAACUUGACCGUAAUUAUCGAACUUGUGCAAACUAUACUGGGCACCAUCGUAAUCUGCACGAUUCUGUUCUUCUAUUGCGUCGAUCAGAAAUCCUUUAUACGAAUCAUAAACCGAUUGACGGAUAUUGAACAUGAGAUUGAUCAUUUAUAUCGCCUGUAUAGUCCGUUGCAACGACAACGUGUCUUAUGGACUAUGAUUCUCGUCUACAUUUCGAACAAUUGCCUAUUGAUCGUUCUCCUGAUCUCUGAGGUUCUGGCCUUUCACACGACUCCAGUCUCCUGGCUGACAGACAUUCUACCGACAUUUCAUGUGGGGUGGAUGAUAAUACAGUACUUUAUGCUGGUUACGAUUAUCCAGACAGAUUUCAUGGACGUGAAUCGGGCAAUACAGAACUUAUCCAGGACACCGGAUCUUCGAUCGCAAUCCUUCUAUCAGACGCGCCGCGUGAUCGUCAGCAACUCUACUAUUAAUCAGCUACUGCAACUGCGAGAUGUGCAUUAUAAUCUUUGUGAAAUCUCAGAGAACGUGUCGAAUUUCUAUUCAUUGCCAAUACUCUUUGGCGUCACUUUCCUUUUUUUGUCACUUAUAUAUAACGGCUACUAUCUUCUUUCGCCUCUGAUGAUAUCUGACGAAGUUUUAGAAUAUGUGGUUUUUAGUAAUACCGUCAUCUGGUUAAUAUAUCUGACUUAUCCCAUUUUUCUCCUCACCAACAGGAUUACUAGGAUUAUGAAUGAGAUGGAGAAAACGGGUAAUAUAGUGCAUAACGUCUUAAGUUGUGCGAUUGGCAAAGAAGCAAGAUCAGAGCUCAAGCAAUUUUCGCUUCAAAUAUUACAUCGUAAGAUACGGUUCACAGCUAAUGGAUACUUCACGCUUGAUAACAGUUUCCUUUAUUCGCUGAUCGGUACCGUGGUGACGUACCUGGUGAUACUUGUACAAUUUCAAAUGGGAAGUUCGAGAUCACAACGUAAUUGUACUCGUCAAGAUUCGUAAAAUGCAGAAUGAAAUAACAAAUUGAAGAUAAUAGAAUAACGAUGUAUUAGGAAGUUUCUUGACUUGAAGAACUUUACAAAUUCAAUUAAGGAUGUCGACGUAUAUGCAGAAUUGCGUCUCCGUAACUUUCUAAUGUAAUUUAAUUUAAUAUGUAUA